CCACAAAUAGCUCCCGGGUGCCUCGCCUUUUUCCGUCUUCCCGGAAACAAGGGCUCGCGCCCGCCGCGUUCCGCUGUCCUUUCUCCUCUAGUCCCUGGGCCCGGAGUCUCUGAGUGGCCGCGACAUGGAGGAGAAAGUGGAGUCCACCACGACUCCAGACGGCUCGUGCGUGGUGUCGAUACAGGAGACGGAAAAGUGGAUGGAGGAGGCGAUGCGAAUGGCCAAAGAAGCACUCGAAAAUAUUGAAGUUCCUGUUGGCUGCCUUAUGGUCUAUAACAAUGAAGUUGUGGGCAAGGGAAGAAACGAAGUGAAUCAAACAAAAAACGCUACUCGGCAUGCUGAAAUGGUGGCCAUUGAUCAGGUCCUAGAUUGGUGUCACCGACAUGGACAGAGCCCUUCCUCGGUAUUCGAACAUACUGUGUUGUAUGUCACUGUGGAACCGUGCAUCAUGUGUGCUGCUGCCCUGCGCCUUAUGAAAAUCCCGCUGGUCGUCUACGGCUGUCAGAAUGAACGGUUUGGCGGUUGUGGUUCCGUCUUAAACAUUGCCUCUGCUGACCUACCCAGUACUGGGAGUCCGUUUCAGUGCAUCCCUGGGUACCGUGCUGAGGAAGCUGUGGAGCUCCUAAAAACCUUCUACAAACAAGAAAACCCAAAUGCGCCAAAAUCAAAAGUUCGAAAAAAGGAUUGUCAGAAACCCUGAUGCUGUAAUGAUCAAAGACUAGUACCUUUUGGAGACCUGGAGAGAACUCCUUGACUGAGAGCUGCUAGCAUCGUCAGUCACGUUUAUAUGUUAUUACUGUGUGUGAAAAUGGUGUCUCUUGUCAUUUGCUCUGUUAAGGGAACAAACUAGCCCUUUUAAAAAAGUCUGACAAUGUAAACAACUAUUAGCUCUUCCACCAAGCUGAAAGAAUGUUUCCAGGAAGGGAGGGAUUAAGGUUUGAGGUCCCAGAGAUAUGCAAGCAGUGCCCACUCUUCACCCACAGCUUUAACCCCGGGCUUAAUGAAGCUCUUUGUGGCUGUGGAGAUAGCCGAGUGGUAAAGUGCUUGCCAUGCAACCAUGAGGAUUGGGUCCCCAUCAGUGCCAGGUAGGCUUGGUGGCCUGCCUGUAAUUCCAGUGCUCAGAUAACAGAGAUGGGCUUCCAAGAUCCCAAAGCAAGCUAACUAGUUAAGUUAGCCCUUAUGGGUGAGCUCUGGGGUCAACUGAGAGAUAUCUCCUCGAUAAGUAAUGUGAAGAGUGAUCUAGGAGGAACCCCCGUGUCAACCUUAGGUGUCACAUGUCCAUACGUACUACCCCCCCCAACCAGAUGCAGACACAUCACACAUGACACCACACACAUACACAUGCCAGGAAGAAAAGACAAAUCUUUGGAAGAUUGAUCAAGAUCAAAACAGGAAGUAGAAGAGAGAGAGAAAGCGUUGACAUUUUACUGAGUGCAUUCAGACCUGGCCCUUCACCAAACUCCACCAGGGCACAGAUCUGGGCUUGUCCUAAUUUAUAUUGACUUUAUAUAUGACCAUGUAUGUCGGGGGUUCAUGUGUGUGGGUGUGGAGGCAGAGGAGACGCUCGGGUGCUGUUCCUUAGAUGCAGUGCCACUCCUCCUUCCUGAUUUUUUUUUUAAAAGAGAUUUCUUGAAAUUUACCACUCAGCUAGGUUGACUGGCCAGGAAUGCCCAGGGUUCCACCUGUGGCCUCUAGCACAGGAAUUACAGGCACGCACCUCCACACUCGCUUGCCCUCCCUCCUCCCCUCCCUCGCUCCGUCCCUCCCUUCCACCUAUGGCCUCUAGCACAGGAAUUACAGGCACGCACCUCCAUACUCGCUUGCCCUCCCUCCUUCCCUUUCUUGAUCCGUCCCUCCCUCCCUCCCUUCUCUCUUUUAAAUGUGAAUUUUGGAGAUUGAACUCAGGUCCUCCUGCAUUUGAUUGACCCAACCCUAGGACAAUUUUAAAAAGUAUUUAGAUAAAACAGAUGCUUCUUAAACAAGUGUUUGAGACUUUUUUUUUUAAAAAAAAUCAUAGCAUAAUGUUACAAUAAAGUUUUAUUCAUGCCUUCUUUCAAGAAUAGUCUUUAAAUAGUGGGUGCUGGACAGAUGGCUCAAGAGUUAAAAAUAUAUACUGCUUUUCCAGAGGAUACAACUUUGGUUCCCAGCACCAUCUCUGGGCAAUUCACAACCUGUAAUUCCAGUUCCAGGGGAACCAAUACCCUCUUCUGGACUCUGUGGGUACCUACACUUACAUGUGCACACAAUUCCACUACACACACACACACACACACACACACACACCACCCUUUUCCUUACAAUGGAGCAACUAUCCCUGUAACGUCCAUUUAUUUCUUCCCUGGAAAAAGCCAAGACCUUAUACUCUCAAAACAAAGACCUUAUAUUCUUCAGAGAGAAAUGAAAAUAGUCUGUUAUAUAACUUGCUGGAGGAUGACAGUUGCUGCUGGACGUAAUGGUGCACACUGCAGCCCCACUACUGGGGAGGUCGAAGCAAGAGAAUAAUGAAUUCAAGCCUGGGCUAUGUAGGGACUGCCAGGACCCCCUCUCCUCUCCUGCCUCAUCGUCCCAAUUAGAACCAGUUACUGUUCGGAAUAAGAAUGAGAAAUGACAGUUACAAGAUUGAAUAAAAUGAUCCAUUGAAUCCGAGAUAACAAAUGCGGAUGAUAAAACUUAAAUUGAGUAUCUAAAAAUUUGACCUCCCAACAAAAUCCAGGGUCACUGGAGCAAGGUGCGGCUUUUCUGGGCCGCCCUGGGCGCAGUGUGCGUCUCUGCCCAGAAGGGGGCCUCGCUGUUCCACCGCAAGGUCAGUGCCAGCGCAGCCUCAGUUUCUUCAGCGCGUUCAAGUCCUUGAUGCAAAGCGUCUGUGUUUGUUGACUCUGCCAUUUGAGCGCUGUCUCGGACUUGUUUGUUUUGAAUUACAUUACAGGCUGGAAUGUGAUUGUGGCGGUAGUAUUUUUAUAUUGCCUGGGGGAGUAGCUAAUCACAGUUACAUGCUUCAGAGGAUUUAUAAUUGCGUGGUUUUGUGCGUGUGCGUUUUUUAACAGCAUUUCAGAAGUUUUAUGAGCGAAGAGUAUGCAGGAUUUUAAAUUUACAAUAAUGGCCUGUGCACCUUCUCUUCAGUCUUAGCUACUUUAAAGACUGUCUUCUCAUUAAGUUUUAGUGCCUUCACUGGUGUGUUCCUUUUUGCAGUUGGUCAUAAUUCAUUCCUGGUCUCCUGCAAGCAGACAUCAUUAUAUUUACUGGCUUCAUAUCAUUUUGGGGGAAUUAUUUGUACUUGAAACAACCUGGGAUGUUAUCCUUGUAGAGUACCAUCAGAUUAUUCUGGCUGUCUUAUGACCACUGGGCUCAUGAUAAACCUUUGAAAGUGAAUUUAGUUUGAAUUUAGGGGGAAAAUAAUAAUAAUAAACGUAAAAGCAUA